AUGCAAUUUGGCAUCUACUAUUCUGGUGGGCCUUCUGAGAAAGUCGCGUUCUUCGGAACUACGGACUGCUUAGAAAACAGAAGAAAAAAGGGACAGGUUGAGUCAGUACAAGAAAACGUUGACUCGGAAUGUCCAUCUCAAGCACAACCUACAACAGAUGGUACCGAAUCGCUAACGCAAAAUGAGAAGGUUGCGUGUUCUUCAAAGAGUGGCACAGUGACUAUUUCUCGAUCAAGGCCAGGAAAAAACAACUACGAUUCUUUAACCAAGGAUGUUUUGACCACUGUGCAAGAACAUUUUAAGCGUCCACGUACAGAGGAAGACCGUUUUGAUGUUUUUGGGAAAACUGUUGCUAUGAAACUACAUGUAAGAGAAGUGGACAAAAGGCAGAGUCUAAUUGCAGAAAAAAUAAUCAACGAUGUAAUAUUCGAGGCUGAACUGGGCGGCCUUACACUGCAACAUAGAUGCGUUAACAUGCAGGAAAUGUAUAAUGCAAGAAAUCCUAACAUGCAGCAACACCAGCCACUUAUAUUGCCUUGCCAGUCGGCUUCCAAUUCUACAUCAUAUUCGUCCUCUACCAGCUUUAUUAGUACCCCUGCUACAAGUCCAAAUUGUCAAUUCCAACAAAACAAUUCAACAAACCAACAACAACUGUCUUCUGAUGAUGUAGUGGUUGUACGAUUGAACAAUACAUCUGCUGCUUCUUAUUUUACCGAAUUCACAGACGAUCAAGUGGUAAAAGAAUUUUGA